AUGUCUGACGCAUUUGAUGUUAUUCCUUUCGAGGAUAUCAAGGGAGAUUGGAAAACACUAGGUUCAGGAUCUUUUGGCAAAGUUUACAAAGGAAAGUAUCUGGGCAUCGACGUUGCCAUUAAAGAAGUAUUGCCUUCCAACGAAUACGACGUCUCCAAAUACUUUGAACGAGAAUGGCGGUUGAUGAAAGAGUCUCGCCAUCCCAACAUUGUCCUCUUUCUUGGUCUUUCUCGUGCACCAGACCCUGAUGGCCGCAUAUUCAUCGUUUCCGAGUUCAUAGAGAAUGGAAACCUCCGGCUAUACAUCCACGAGAAAUUAAAACCCUUCCCAUGGCGACUACGUCUUUCUUUUGCAACCGACAUUGCCCGUGCUCUCGCAUACCUUCAUGCUCGCAAGUGCAUACACCGUGAUCUGAAAGGCGAGAACCUCCUUGUUACAUCCAACGGGCGGCUUAAGAUCACCGACUUCGGGUUUGCACGUAUUGCGGCUCGUAACGUUGAUGAGUCAAAGCGACUCACCUUCUGUGGAACGGAUUCCUACAUGUCCCCGGAGAUCUUAUUGGGAGAGGAGUUUGAUCUUCCUACGGACAUCUUUUCUCUUGGGAUCAUUUACUGCGAGAUUAUCUCGAGGAUAUUGGCCGAUGAUAAGCAUUUCAAACGAGCUGCGCCUACUUUCUCUAUCGAGGCCGAAGAGGUCCAUAGACUGGUGAGCCCGGGAUGUCCUCCUGAGUUGAUCGCGCUAUGCUUGGACUGCCUCGCCGUGAAUCCGGCCGAUCGUCCCAAUACGAGGAAUAUUCUCGAACGACUGGCAAUCAUAGAGGCGGAGGUUUUGGCGCGUCCGGACGAAUCCGAUCAGGUCAAUGUUGGGAGUAUCAAGUUUAUGACCGGGAGCAAGCGACCUGGUCCGGUGCUAAGGAUUCCAAGUUUCGGAGUUGGUGUUGGGAAGAAUAUCAGGAACAACGGGACCGACGAUAGCGACGAUGAUGACGAACUCAUGGAAGCUGUAUCUGGAUUGCAGAACGUUGGCAUUACCAGUGAUUGGAUUGAUGGUCAGAAUGGCCGGGAGCCCCUUCUCAAAGAGAACAAUUCUGCCUUUUCAGAAUACAGCACAACCGUAAUUCGUCAACACAGUUCACAAGUCUCUUCUACGCCGCCUCCGGCCCUGUCUUCUAUCCUGACUAUUAGUCCUUCUCCCGACCCGAAUGAAACCCCUGUUCCCGUUCUACCGGGUAGUGGCCACUCCAUUUCCGCAUCAUCGAUUUCGACUAUUAUGGCGCAAGACCCACAAGACGGACAGGAUCUACUUGGCUCUUCAUCCAUUCUCACUAUCGAUUCCCUUGACUCGUAUCAUACUGCAAGAGGUCGCUCGUCUAUCAUUUCGACUGCUUUGGCAACCGAAGGUGGAUCGACAAUCCGCUCUUUGACGGGCAACUAUACGAGCCCUCUCGUCCAUCGAUUUACUCUCAUCAAACCAGGAGCUAAACCCAAGAAGUCUAGUGGGAGUGGCACCUUUUCUCCACCAGAUAGUGCUGCCGCAGUUGCUAUCGCGGGAUGGAAUCCCUUCGAACUUUUCUUUUCGAGUGGACUAUUAGUACAGAAGUGUGACAUCUGUUUUAAGAGAUUAGGUUGGAAGCCAGUACUGGAAUGUGAUGACUGUGGGUUGAAGGCUCAUGUCAAGUGUGGUGAGAUUGCCCCACGAGAUUGUGGACUCCGUCCCUCUCGACCUGGAGUUCAUCAAAUGGUUGCCGCCAGCAAAUUUGGCUCUGGUGGUGUGGGCAAGUCGAAGAGUGUUGCUGUCUCAACUCAAUGA